AGAAGCUAAAUUGCCUAUACACCCAAGUGAAACGGGUAAUUUAUUAGAGGGGACGAUUAUUCAACAGAUAUAUGAACUAGAAAAUGAUCUACCAAUGGCACAAAACCAAACCAUGGAACAUAUUAAAGCCCAACAGCAAAAGCAAAAGGAUAGACACGAUCGACAGAUCAAAGCCACCCCCGACUUUAAUAUAGAAGAUAAAGUAUAUGUUGAAGAUACACGAAAAAUGAAAACUCAUAGCCAUAAGAUGAUACCACAAUGGAAGGGCCCAUACUAUAUACAUAGUAUAAUCGGGAAUGGUGCCUAUAAACUUCGUACGGCAAUGGGAAAAGUGUUAUUGCAUACAGUAAACAAGACAUUGUUGAAAGCCCACUAUGAGAGAAAUAUAUAA